UUCAAAAAACUUUGGAAGUCUCGAACAUUUACAGAUAAUCUCUUCAAUAUCAUGUUUGACAAGGGUCAUUGUAUCAGUGAAUGGGGCAAAGAUUUUCAACCACUGUAUAGUGAGCUGGGGAAUCUUCGAUGGUACCUUCCAGCUCACAUUUGA